AUGUCGAAUGAAAUGGAAGUUGAUCCUCCCGUCGCCCACGACGAUGCCCCCGCACAGUCUGAAGGCUUCGAGCCACAAACCCAAUCAGGCGCAGUCGCCGUGCGCAGUAUCGAGGGAUGGAUUGUGAUCGUGUCGAACAUUCACGAGGAAGCUUCCGAGGAGGAUAUCACCGAUCUCUUUGCAGAGCACGGCGAGAUCAAGAACUUCAGUUUGAACCUGGAUCGACGAACAGGUUAUGUCAAGGGAUACGCCUUGAUUGAAUACGCAACCCUCCCCGAAGCCGGCGAGGCUAUUAAGGCCCUCAACGGCGCCAAGCUGCUCGAUCAGACCCUUUCAGUUGACUACGCUUUCGUCCGUCCGCCGCCAGCUAGCAAGAACAAGGGAGGACAGAAGGGAGGCCGUGGUGCUGGUGGUGCUGGUGGUGCUGGUGGUGCUGGUGGUGCUGGUGGUCGGGGUCGAAGCCGCAGCCGCAGCCCUGGCCGCAGUCGUAGCCCGGAUGCCGACCGGAGCUAA